AUGACUUGGAGUAACAUUAUGCAAUACUUGUUGCCGUCAUUCUUUGCCAAGCCAAUGAAUCAUUUGUGGAGUGGGUUAAUUAAUGUUACCAAUGAUGUGUGUAACACUGAGCAGGUUAUGAAGGAAAUUAAAAUCGAUAGAGACCUUUUGUUUAAAUUAUGUGUCAAAUAUGAAGAGGUAAAUAUCGGACAGUAUUUAAGAAACGCUGUUCCUUAUAAACAUUAUUUUGACAACUUGUUUUCGUUUUUGUUGAAUGCUCCAUUAUGCAAGGGGUUUAAAAUCGAUGUGGAUAAGAAAACCACCAACAGAGAUGGUACGGUUGUUGGAAUAACAGAGAAAUGGUCUUUCAGUUGUGCUGAUCAGUGA